GCACACCCUCUUGAUUAGUUGUUGGUUGUCUGGCGUUGCUAGGGAAGUCAAGUAAGUUUGCUUCUUCAGCCAUCUAACUUAGAGGAUGUAAUCAUCUGAGUAUCAUGGGACUCGUUUACAUCUAAAACAAAGUCUGCUAAUAGGAUGAGUGGGCAUGGAGACAGCAUCGUCCCGUUUAACCCCACAGAACUCCAGUCAGGAGAACCAGCGUGUAAAGCAGAUAUUACUGUUCUGAGUGUAGACCCGAGGACAGAGAAGAGCAAGGAGGACAUCAAGAAGCCAUAUGAAGGUGCCAGACUACUUCAGGAUGAGCAUAACAGGGACGCAAAACUUAGUCCAUUUCAGCCUCGACCUCCCUCUCUUCCGAAGCCCGUGGGAUUGGGAAUGGGGGGUAAAAACUUCUCAUUUGAUGAGAAGGUGAGGGGGAGAAAAUUGAGGAACAGCCAGGAGAGUCUCACCGACCCAGGCGAGACGGGCUCUUCCACCGAUUCGCUUAAGGAAGACACCUCAUCAAAUGGCCAAGACCUUGCAUCCGGACGUCCCCUCGAUCUCCCACCCAUGGAGACACCGUCAUUCAGGAUUAGGACCGAUAGCUUCUCCGAGACUGACAGUGAGCAUAGUGAUCCGAAUAAAGAGCGUUUGCAACCGUCCAGAAUUAUUUUGUCCCCACUGCAGCCCACUGGGUCAUAUCCUCCUCUGGAGAACGGCGCAGCCUCCAGGUCCUUAAGGACGACUAAUCGGAUUGACAGGGAUUGUUUGGAUUACAGUGCGGUGGGGAGAAGGGGGCGGGGGCCGGAGAGGCUUCAGAGGAAUCUUAGUGAUAGCCGGCUGUUGGACACCAUGGUGUCAGACAAUGCCUCUGUCCAUUCCAUGAAGUCUGCCUACAGCAUUCUGAACCCCAUCAGACCCCGCGAUGUGAGGAACAGGAGCUUUCUGGAGGGUAGUGUUUUGGGUAACGGUGCCUUGCUGGGGGCAGAGGAGCUAGACCGCUACUUCCCAGAGAGACGGCUCGGUCUCUACGUGGCCACAUGGAACAUGCAUGGAGAGAAGGGGCUUCCAUACAACCUAGAUGAUCUGCUGCUCCCAACCGACACAGACUUCGCACAGGACGUCUAUGUUAUAGGAGUUCAGGAAGGCUGUCCAGAUAGGAGGGAGUGGGAGAUCCGUCUGCAGGAAACACUUGGGCCGUAUUACGUGAUGCUGUAUGCAGCGGCCCACGGUGUUCUCUAUCUCACUGUGUUUGUCAGGAGAGACCUCAUAUGGUUCUGUUCAGAGGUGGAACAUGCUACAGUUACAACCAGAAUUAUAUCUCAGAUUAAGACUAAAGGAGCUGUGGGUAUCGGCUUCACUUUCUUUGGAACAUCCUUCCUGUUUAUCACAUCCCAUUUCACUUCUGGAGAUUCUAAAGUAUAUGAGAGGAUCUUAGAUUACAACAAGAUCAUAGAAGCUUUGGCUCUUCCUAGAAACCUUCCGGAUACAAACCCUUACCGCUCCACAACAUCUGAUGUCACAACCCGUUUUGAUGAAGUCUUCUGGUUUGGAGAUUUUAAUUUCCGCCUGAAUAAAACCAGAGGUGAGGUGGAGGCCAUUUUGAAUCAGGUUAUGGGCGCAGAUAUGAGCCCACUAUUACAGCAUGACCAGCUGUUGAAAGAGAUGAAAAAAGGUUCCACUUUUAAAGGGUUUCAGGAAGCAUCUAUUCACUUUGCUCCUACAUACAAGUUUGACAUUGGUUGUGACGUCUAUGACUCCACCACAAAGCAGAGAACACCCUCAUACACCGACCGGAUUCUUUAUCGAAACAGACAAGCAGAUGACAUUAAAGUGGUCAAGUAUAUGUCUUGCUUGUCCAUUAAGACAUCAGAUCACCGACCUGUCAUCGGCAUGUUUCAGGUCAAACUUCGUCCAGGCCGAGAUAACAUUCCUUUGGGUGCUGGCCAGUUUGACAGGAGCCUGUACCUAGAAGGAAUCCGAAGGAGAAUCACCAGGGAGCUGAAAAAAAGAGAGGCAGCCAUGAAGAACCAGAAUGACAGCACGGUUUGCACUAUAUCCUGAUCGCGGACCAGUGUGCGAGAGCCGUAGGGUGCUAAAACUGAUCAUUUCAAACACCGAGGUACUGACUUGGAAAGCUGGACUUUCAGGACCAAAGGAUAAAUCGGUACUACGGAUGUCAAACGCACAGUCCAGGAACUAAAAGACUGCAGCUGGUACUAUAAAAUAUUAUAGAAAUGUAUCAAAUAUACUGUCAAUUAAGUUAUCCAUUAUUCCUAAUCCAUUUUUUGUAUUAUUUCAUAUUCUGGUAUUUAACUUGGAAGCCCAAACAGUCUCUUCUCUGUAUGGUAUUAGAUAAUAGUGUUUCAUAGCCUUUUUAAACCAUUAGCUCACCUUUAACUGAUAACUGUAAACACAUAUCAGCACCAGGCAGCUGAUCCUGCUCAUUUGAUUGGCUCCUGGGACAUUUUUGAAGAGUUACUUAACAAUUUGCUAACUGUUGUACUCUUUUAAAAAAAGACUGUACUGUAGCAUAAUUACCAGCAACACUGGGGAGAAUUUGUGUCAGCAGUUGAUAGGUCUCUAAUUGUAUCAUGUAGAGACUGACCUUGGUUUCAAUUGAGUGCAGAAUCAAAGCGAGGAGGCACAGACCAUACUUGAGUUUACUGCCUUAACAUAUCCAAUGUAAUUCAGCUUACUUGAUGUCAAGCAGGAACGACCAUAGUAUUGGUUGCUUGCGCAUGGAUCUCAGUGACUGUGGUGUAAUAGUAAGUCAUGCAUUCACAUCAUUCGUUUCAGUUCCAUUUGUACUGAAAGUGCCUGCGAUCUUUCUUAUGAUCGCUUCAGUGACUUAAAGUACAUUCUACUGUUUAAAACCAAAUAAUAUCCUGUUAGAAAUGUUUGUUCACUAUGUUAAGUAAUACAAAAACUCAUACUUAA